AUGAGGGCCUUCACUUUGCUAGCUUGCCUGCAUGCUCUGUUCCCUUUUGUUUCUCCUGCAAGAAACAUUUCUCUCAAGUGCAUGCAAGAUACUGAUGAAUUCCUUUCUGAUCUGAAUGCACUGAAGCCCAAAGAAUACGCUCUGAGAAUGUACGACUCGGUGGGAAAGCUUGGAAGCAACAUUCUUAACGGCAACGUGGACAGGCUGGGAUCCUACAGCGAGUGCCUUUCCACCCAGAGCCCCAAGGGGAGUUUCCGGGGGCGGUACUGCAAGCUUCACAUCUGGCAGGAUGGAACAGACUAUAGUGUGGGUGUGUGUAUCCCUGAUUCUUGUGCUGAAGAGGACGUGACCAUGAUGUCUCAGCUGGAUGUUCUAAGGUUCAGAAACACUUCAUUCUUGGAACCUUCCCUGUCCCUCUUUACAAAAGACUCUUCCUCAUCUUGUGAAAUCGUGGCCAGAUGUGCUGCUGAGGCCUUGAGGCCGGACAUGUUUGCUUUCCUGUGUCUGUUCAUCACCUUGCUAGGCCUUGUCCUCCCAGUGGCUGGAACUGUUUAUAUGGUGGCCAGGGACUGGGGCUUGGGCCUCAAGACAUCAUCUGUACAUGGGACUCCUCCUACCAGUUGUGAGAGUCUACCUUUGCAAAACAUGGAGAGCAACAGGCAAAGAAGCAGGACCAGUUGCCAAGUUCAGCUCCCUCCUCCAGGACCCCCGAGCAGAGGGAAAAGGUUUCUAGGAGCCGUGGAUGGAGUUCUGCAGUGCUUUUCUUGGCAGAAGAACAUGCUGGCCAUCUUUCCCCAAGAGCUGCCGAGAGGCACGUGCCGGACACUGAACGGGAUCCGAGUCCUGAGUCUCCUCUGGAUUAUCUCAGGACACACCAGUCAGAUGACCGCUUGGCUAUCUUUGGAUAAUGUGCUUGAAUGGAAGGCCAGAGUGCCCGAGAACCCGCUGUACCUCUACUCUCGGAGCGGUCCGUUCUAUCUCGGGGUGGAUACAUUUUUCCUGAUCAGUGGUUGGUUAAGUGCAAGGUCAUUUCUAAAGAUGCCUGGGAACACCAGCGCAGGAAUAACCCCUAAAGUCAUUCUCAGAUACUUUCUGAAACGUUUUACAAGGUUGCAGCUCCUUCACUUGUACUCUGUGUGCUUGCUGGUUGGUUUCUUCUCUUUUGUUCCCUGGGGACCUGUCUGGGAAGUGGCCCAGUUCCACUGGGAAAACUGUCAGGAGGUUUGGUGGACGAAUCUGCUGCUGCUGAAUAAUUUCCUGUCUGUUCAGAAUGCCUGCAAUGGCUGGACUUGGUACCUUGCCUGCGACUUCCAGUUCCACCUCAUGACACCGCUGAUCUUCUUCAUCCAUGGAAAAAGUAAACGCGUCCUUGUCCUCCUUGGGAGCCUGAUGUUUCUGGCAUCUUCAAUGGCCACUGCUCUGCUCACAUUGGCUUAUAAACUUCCGGUGGCAUCUCCAUCAGCAGCCAGUGAGAAUGGGACUAUGCUAUAUUUCUCAGAGUAUUACACCAAGCCCUACUGCCGCUGUGGCCCGUUCCUCGUGGGCCUCUUCCUCAGCAUGUUCAUGCAUUCAGACCACCCUACAGACAUUCUCAAAACGAAGGUGCAGGCCAUGCUGGGCUGGACUUUCUCUCUGUUGACCCUCUUUGCAGUUGUUGCCCUGGCAUACAUAGUAGAUGAUACCUCUCCAACCUCUUCUGUGGCUGCUGCCGUCUACCAGGCCCUCCAUCGGACCCUGUGGGCAGCAGCUGUGGGCUGGGUCAUCUUUGCCUGUCAGGAAGGCUAUGGAGGUCCCGUGAAGUGCAUGCUUUCUUGCGGCAUCUGGAGUCUCCCGGCUAGCAUAAGCUAUGCUUGCUACCUCGUACACCCCAUCGUGAUCAUUGUCUAUAACGGACUGCAGGAGACCCUUAUUCACUACACGGACACCAACAUGUUCUAUCUUUUCUCUGGACACUGUGUGCUGACCUUCCUCUGUGGGCUGGCCCUGACCCUGUUCAUCGAGCGACCUUGGCAGGAACUGAAGUGGGGCCUGUGGGGACCACUUCCUGCCGGGCCCUGA